CCCUGUCCCCUGAUUUUACUCUCACUUCAUCCCAAAUCUCAGUGAGAGGACGUCUUCAGCCCAUGAAAACUGUGAUUCUGCUGUACAAAAUGAUGUUUAGAAGAAAACCUCUGGCACCUGCAGCAUUGAUGAUACUUGUGAUGAAUGUCUUGAGAGGACACAGCCUCCCAUGUCAUCGAGGAGAGUAUGAGAUAGGGGAGGAAUGCUGCCCUGUUUGUCCUGCUGGAAGUCGAGUUAAAACAGAUUGUACAGAGUUCACAAUUACUUCCUGUCUGCCCUGCACUGAGGGAACCUUCAUGAGUCAGCCCACUGGACGUACACAAUGUUACCCCUGUUCAACCUGUGUUGCAG